AUGGCUAUGAAAGAAAUCCGACUUGAGCUCGACGAAAACAAGUUUGCACAAAUCAUUAUGGAGCUAGACGUUCUCCAUCGCUGCCUUUCGCCCUUUAUCAUAGAUUUCUAUGGUGCCUUCUUCCAGGAGGGCGCUGUAUACAUCUGUAUGGAGUACAUGGACGGCGGCUCCAUUGAUAAGCUUUAUAAAGAUGGUGUCCCUGAGAAUGUGCUGCGGAAACUCACUUACGCUACAGUUACGGGGCUCAAGACCUUAAAGGACGACCACAAUAUCAUACAUCGAGACGUGAAGCCAACCAAUAUUCUCGUUAACACUCGAGGUGAAAUCAAGCUUUGCGAUUUUGGUGUCUCAGGAAAUCUCGUUGCUAGCAUAGCCAAGACAAACAUUGGAUGCCAAAGUUAUAUGGCGCCCGAAAGAAUUGCCAGUGGUAGUGCCCAGGCUACUAUGGGUGGCUCAGUGCCAGGCACAUAUAGUGUACAGAGUGAUAUUUGGAGUUUGGGGCUGAGUCUCCUAGAAUGCGCGAUGGGAUGUUAUCCAUAUCCACCGGAAACCUACAACAACAUUUUCAGCCAGCUUAGUGCUAUCGUUGAUGGCGAACCUCCGGAUCUACCGGAGAAGGGCUUUUCGGCAGAAGCCCGUGACUUUGUACGAGGUUGCCUAAAUAAGAUUCCAAACCUACGACCUACAUAUGCCAUGCUUCUCCGACAUCCCUGGUUGUCAGAAUUCACUCACCCGGCCACCAUUUCAGAGGAGGACGAAGAGGGGCAACCCCCGGGAACUCCACCUACAAUUAAGGGUGAUAACGAAGUCGCAGAAUGGGUUACGGGUGCUAUCGCCAACCGGAAAGCUCGGAUGGAGUCAGGCGGCAAGGGGCCUGAGUCGGGGAAACCCGCUUUGCAUGCUGCUCCGCUGGAUGUGGUUAUAGCUCCUGCCAAAGAUGCCCUUGCAGCGGAGCCGACCAACUCGAAAGACCUGGAGUCUGGGGACCAGGAGUUGGCAAACACAAUAUCAGGCGUCCAAAAGUUGGCUGUGGAAGGAUAAAUUGACUAUUCCUAGAUCUUACAGAUUUAUUCCCCUUUUCCCCCUUUGUUUCCUUCUUCUCGAUUCACUUUUUCCGGCAUUUCUUUUGCGCGUUUGGGAGCUCGAUUCAACGGAUAACGAACCUUGCAUUUUACCACAGAAGCCCAUAUUAUCUUCCUUUUUCCUUCUUUCUUUUUCCUGUUUUUUUCCCUUUCCGUUUGGGGAAAGCUCAGCAUAUAUCCAUCCCUGGUUUUCUCAUUUUUUACCUUCUAUCCCUCUUCACUUUCUCCUCUUCACGAGUCCAUGUAUGGAAUAUUUUCUUUUAUUUCUUAACUUCUGCUAUAGGGGAUACACGGGGAAGGCGUGCGGGCUCUUUUUCCUUCCCUUUUUAGACUUCUCCCUUUUGUACUUUGAAGUGUUUGGUAUGGAGGGGGGGCGGACGGAGGGUAAGCAUUGAGAAGAGUGAGGAACUCGAGGAGUCAAUGGUGUUGGACGGCGAGAAAUUGGGCGGAACACAAAAAAACGAAAACCACAAUGUAGGAUGAUGUCUUUGUGCGA